AUAAAGAUUAUUUAUUUUACUUGUGUAGAUGGCUGAGGCUAAAAAAGACCUAAAUAAACUCUUGGAACAUUUAGUGGACAUAAAUAAAGAGCUAGAAAGAAAAAUAAGGAAACUAUAUCAACAGGUCAAUUUGAAAACAGAGGAAUGUAUAAAAAAUUAUUCUCAAGGAAACAUAGAGGAAAUAAAAGAAGUGGUUGCUCUGGUGAGGAAAACAAAUUCUGCUUUGCUGGACCAUAACAAAAUUAUUUCAGAUGUAAAAAAGAAACUUGAUGAGCUAAAGAAAAGACAAGCAACACAUGAAGCAGUUGACUGUGGACGAAGUUUAGCAAUGAAAUCAAAUCUUACAGUCACAACUUGUACGUCAGCUGAAAACGACCAUCAAGGAAACGAAAAUGAAAUAUUAGAAAUAAAUAAAAAGAAAAACACAAGUUUAGAAAAGAGAAUUGAGCAUGUUGAAACAGAGUUAAAAUCAAUCAAAGAUGCAAAACAAAAGACCGAGGAUGACCUUUCAGAAAUGAAACAGUGGAAAGAAAACAUUUUAGAAAAUAGAAUUAAAUAUAUUGAGGACAUGAUUUCUACCCUGCAAAAAGCGACAGAAAAAAUGAAAGAACAGUCUGUAACAGAAAAGUGUGACAUGGAUAAGCAAAUACUUCAAGUGACGAAAAAAAUAAAAAAUAAAUUUAAAAACCUCCACCAGAAGAUGAAUUUACAGAACGAUACAAUUCACGAGCUACAAAAUAAAGAAAGCAUUUGCUUACCAGAAAUUAACGACUGGAGAGACAAAUCCAUAUCUGAACAGAGUGAUAUACUGAUCAAAAUGAAACAGCUAUCCGAUGAACAAAAAGAAAAUUAUUUAAAUCUAAAACAGCAGUGCACAGAAGAUGAAAAUAAAAUAGGUGAGAUGAGUCAGCUAAUUGAUAUAUUAAUGGAAAAUGAUGCAAAGUCUCGCAGAUGUCUAGAACAAGUUAAUAGUGAUAUAGAAACAGUCAAAAGCAAUGUGAUUGAAAUGGAGAAGAAGUUUAUAGUCAACACAGAUGAGUCAGAUAAUAUUGCAAGAAUUGUAGCCAGCCAUUCUGAAUUGAUUUGUGCUUUACAAAACGAUGGAAAAGAACACGUUGCUCUCAGCGAAAAAAAGAUUGAACAAUUAAAGACAAUGGUAUGA